UCCAAACUGUAUUAUUGUCCCUCUUUUUAUCAGGACUACUAAGUUUGAUGGGACUUUACAUCCAUUUGAUGCCGUCCUUGCCUGAUGAUGUGGACUAUACCAAAGCUCUUCCUAAAUUAAGCUCGACAGAACCUUUAGAAAUCCUUGAUCCAAAGACAGGUUUUCUUAACCAUGAAGGAUGGAGCAAAAUUCCAAACAAAUGGCUCUAUAAUCACGAGAUGAAUAAUGCAUAUGUUCCUUUCUUUACUAGACAUAAGUUCUGGAACUGGUUCUAUGUGAUCUCAGGGGACUAUUUAGUAACCAUGGCUCAUACCAACGGAGGUUUAGUCAUGGCAGCUCAUAUAAAUAUCCAAGAUGUCUCCAGGAAGGAUUCACCAAUCGUAGAAACCAUCGUUAAGGAGUUCUUCCAGGACUCCAUAGCUAUCGAUGAGAACAAGAACGGAGGAGGAAUGUAUUCAACUAUUAGUCAUGACCAGAUGAACAUGACCUUCUUUAGAAGACCUGAAGGCACUACAACUGAUAUUGACAUCAGUGUUCAUAGCGAUCAAGGUCUUAUAGAAGGAAAAUUAGAAGCUGAUUCUCAAGGAUAUGAAGGAUUUGCACACGUUAGUUCUAACCCUAAUGACCCUACAAAACAUACUUAUAUGAGCAAGCAUCAGCAGAAGUUUGUAGGAUCAAUCAACCUUGGAGGAAAGGAAAUUAUUACUUGCACUAAAAAGUCUCCUUGUCAAGGAUUUGAGGAUAAUGGAGGAGGAUAUCUACCAUAUCCAACCCAUUGGGUACAAGCGUUAACUACUUUCAAAUCCAAGGGCCGUGAUAUCCACAUUAGUAUUGGGUCAGGAGACGAUAAUCCACAUUCAAGCUUUGAUCACAUCUUCAUUGAUGGAAAACUUCAUAAGUUAGAUCCACAUAUUGCCACUAAAGUCUCAGAUACCCACUGGAAGUGGGAGAAAAAUCCGGUUACUAACAAAUAUGAUAUUUCAGUUGAGAUGGAAUUCAGAGUACAGAAAUCUCACAUUAUUCAAGGCCAUUAUGUGAUAUAUGAUGUCGAUUCCAGAGACGACUACGGAUAUUUUUCAGGAACCAUCACUACACCAAAUGGAAAAAUCCCAUUCAACAACACAAUGGGAAUCAUUGAUGAAAUUUACGCAAGAUGGUAGUUCAAUUUUGAGAGA